CAGUUUUUCUAAUCUCUCUCUCUCUCUUCUUCUUCAAAACACCAAUUUCUUCACUUUUCAUUAGGUCGGAGUGAGAGUAAGAAUUUUUUUUUUAAAAACUGUAAUGGAUCUUUUCUCUCGUCGCAGCUCUUCUACUCUCACACUGGGCUUCAUAGUUAUUCUCUUAGCCUCCACAGGUUCGUAUGGCUCAAAGUUCACAUUCGCAAAUCGGUGUGGCUUCACCGUAUGGCCUGGAAUUCUGGCGAAUGCGGGCUCACCUACUCUGUCCACCACCGGAUUCGAGCUCCCUAAGGACUCCUCACGCUCUCUCCAAGCCCCAACCGGUUGGUCCGGUCGAUUCUGGGCUCGAACCGGUUGCAGCUUCGGCGGUUCUGGCUCCGGUACUUGCACAACCGGAGAUUGCGGCUCCAACCAAGUCGAAUGCGGUGGACUCGGCGCCGCUCCUCCUGUUACCCUCGCGGAGUUCACUCUAGGCACAGGCGGCGACGAUUUCUACGACGUGAGCCUCGUCGACGGCUACAACAUUCCGAUGAUCGUUGAAGUCACCGGCGGAUCUGGACAGUGUGCUUCUACGGGUUGUACAUCCGAUCUCAACCUUCAGUGCCCUGCUGAGUUGCGUUUCGGCGACGGGGACGCGUGUAAAAGCGCGUGCGAAGCGUUUCGGAGUCCUGAGUACUGUUGCAGCGGCGCGUACGCUACACCUUCCACUUGUAGGCCUUCGGUUUACUCUGAGAUGUUCAAAGCUGCGUGUCCUCGCUCCUACAGCUACGCUUACGAUGAUGCCACCAGCACCUUCACUUGCUCCGGCGGAGAUUAUACGGUGACGUUUUGCCCCUCCUCCCCAAGCCAGAAAUCGACAAGCUACUCCACACCAGUUUCCGACUCGUCGGCGACCUCUCAAGGUUCAGAUCCGGUGCCCGGUUCAGAUGCGGGUUACUCGGGUCAGGGUCAACAACAGGGUCAGGGUCAACAACAGGGUCAGGGUCAACAACAGGGUCAGGGUUUUGAUGGGUCGGAGCUAGGUUCGGGAGAGACGAUGUUACAAGAUGGAUCGUGGAUGGCGGGUUUGGCCAUGGGAGACUCGAGCCGAGUAGCCAGCACUUCACUACUAGCAAUGCUACUCGCUGCAUUUACCUCUGCGUUUCUGUUUAUUUUCUCGUAGCAUCAUCUUUGUAUUUGGUAGUUCGUUUUGUUAGCAGUUUUGCCUUUGUUUAAUUUCUAAUUCUAGAUUGUCUUGUUGAUACU